UGUUUUGUAUUCUAAGCGCGUGUGUGUGUGUGAGUGUCGUGCGCCAAUUUGAAUGAAUUUUAUUUAAAUGCCAAACCAAACUUGGAGCAUUGCCUAAAAAGUUGGCAAAAAAAUGCGCAAGCAGCGCGUCCAUUAAAUAAUAUUGCAUAUUUGCAAUUGGGCUUGCAAACAAAUUAAAAUUUAGCUGCAAAAUCUACUCGAUGUUAGGCAUUUGCAUUGCACCUGCUAUGUCCAAAUAACAAAAACUCCCACUCUCCGCGCAAGUAGAGUCGUAAAAAUCAAUAAUUGACAUCUUGACUCCAUGCAACCGUAGCAGCAGCAGCACUGGCCUAGGCCAUAUGAGGAAAAAGAGUCAUAAAAGACACCCCCGAACAGAAAGGAGCCCACCGAAGAUUCAGUUAUUCGUAUUUGUUGCUGCUGCAGUGACACAAUUUUUACUGUUUGCUUAGCUAUAAAUACGGCGGAAGUAUUUCGCACAGCAGCAGUUGAUAUACUACAUAUAUUUGAGUUAAUAUACAUACAUACAUGUAUAUAUAUUCAUAUAUAUGUAUAUAUUCUUGUCAUCAAUUAUGCUGGGCAUGUUACAUUCACGUACUAACCAUAUAUAUAUCUUUACUGAAUAUAUACUACAGCACAACAACUAAAUUUAGCUAGAGCAACAACAGCAACAUCAACGAGCUGGCAUAAAAAGGCUAUGAACAAAUUGUACAAAAACUGUCACCAACUGCACGCAAAAAUAUUUCUCGCGUAGCAGCGACAGCCAAAAAGUAAAAAUAUUAUAAAUAAUUUAUAUAUAAUAAGAAAAGAAAAAAAAUAGAAAUAGAAAUAGAGGAAACAAAACAUAGAAAUGUUGUACAUCAAUAGCAAAGCGAAAUAUAUCAAAAUAAAUGUGACUUCGAGAAAUAUAAGAGUCGGGAACAACAUGAGCAAGCACGAGCUAGUGGCUAACUAAACUACAAACAGUUCCUAUGCAUUUAACCUUGUGUUUAAAUGAAAUUUCACAAGAGCUACGCAAAUUGUCGCGUUCGGCGAUAUUUGCUCAUAUUUACGGCCUUAUCGCUGGUAUUGCUGCCCCUAUCACUCAUAUACUUGGUAUGGAACGAGCAGCUGCAGAAGAUUAAGGGAUACGAGCUGCAGCAGCAACAACAGCGGCAACAGCAGCAGCAGCAGCAGCAUCAGCAGCAACAGCAGCCACCACAGUCAAUGCGGGCAAAGCAAAUCCAGCCAGCGGGUCAAACAUUUCGUUAUCCUGUCCUGCUGUUGAACAAAAACAAAAACAAGGAACUAACCGUGGUGGCAACGGGCAAGACUAAGAAUAAGUGGCGCUAUGUUGAUAAAAUCAACAAUGAAACAGGCCUCUCGCUCAUACCCGAGUAUGCGAUACAGUCGCUUUCCCCGGAGGAGAUGCAGGACAUGUCCGUGCGCAUGGAGGCGCGACUCAAUAGACUGAAGGAAAAGUGUUCGGAGUUCGGGCUGGAUGUGGUGGGCCCGGAUGCCUGGCACACGCCCAACACUUGGGAAUUUUUGGUUAAUAAAAAAUAUCAUAUUAUAUGGUGCAAUGUGUUCAAGGCGGCCUCCUCGUCCUGGAUGUUCAAUUUCAAUGUGCUGGCUGGCUACACGCCCAACUAUUUGCUAAAGACCAAGAAGAUUCUGCUCAAUUUGGCCAGAGAGCGUUAUCCACGCGUAACUCUGCAAGAGUUGCGUGAGGCGCAGAACGAUUCGACUACGUUUAUCAUAGCCAGAAAUCCCUUUGAGAGACUUCUGAGUGCCUAUCGAGAUAAGAUCGUAUUCGCGCUGCCCUAUUCCUUUCACGACAAACUGGGUCGCAGCAUUGUGCGUAUUUAUCGCAAGAAGCCCAAGCUGAUCUCACGUGCGGGCAACACAAAGUACCCUUCGUUUCCAGAGUUUGUGCACUGGCUGCUCGAUCAAAUCAAGCGUGGCAACUACAUAGACAUGCACUUCGUUUCGGCCACAUCGUUCUGCACGCCCUGCCUCAUACGGUUCGAUAUGAUAUUGAAGUUCGAGUCGCUGGCAGAGGAUCAACUAUAUCUAAUUGAAAAGACUGGCCUCCAGCGCGUCAUAGCGCCCGUCUGGCGCAACAUGGGCAAAGGAGGCAGAAAGACCCAGGAGCUGCAGCAGCAGUUCUAUUCCCAGCUAACCAAGCAAGAGAUGCUCGAGCUCUACAACUAUUACCAAUAUGACUUUGAUCUGUUUGAUUAUGAUAUCAAGGAAUAUUUGAAGUAUGCCAGAGCUGACGAAGAAGCAGGCGCCGCCGCAUCGGGGGCGUAACUACAAUUAAAAUUCAUAGAAUUUAUUAAAAACGCAGAAAACCAAAACUAAAUGUAUACAGAAAAGAAAGGAAGAUAUCACUUAGACACGUAUGAUCAAAUUAGCCGUCACAGUAGGUAAUUGCAAAUGUUGAUAAUAAUGAAUGAAACAAUAAUAAAGUUAAUUGCUAUAAAUAUGGUAAAAACUA